GGCCAGUUUUUAAUUAUGUUGUUCUCCAAAGGAAAGUAAAUCAACUUGUCAAAAAUUGUUUUGUUAUUUUUCAAGAAUGAAAAUUUAAAAAAAGUAGUGUACAUAAAUCUUUUUAUAUAAUUUGCACUUACACAACAUAUGUGAAAGAAUAAAUGUGAAUUAUUUUUAACUGAAAAAAAGAAUAAUAAUAAUGGAUGAUUAUCAACAGGAAUUUAAUUUUAUAAAUGAAAUAUCCAUUGAUGAGACAGUUAAUACUUUAUUUAAUAAAACAUUUUCAUUGGAAAAUAAUGGGGAAUUUAUUUUACCAAAUGCAAAUUCCAUGUUCACUGAGGAUAUAUGGGAUAUAAAAGAAUUAUAUGAGAUAAAAUUCAAAUUAAAUGAGACAAAAUCAAAAUUAAAUAAUUAUCGUCUCAAUCAAUGGAGUGAACAUACGAGAAAAAGAAAUAAAGCAGGUGCUGUUCUUUGGUUUAUUGAUAAAACAAUUGAACCUGAAUUUAUAACACAAGCUUGGUGUAAAUUUUAUGAAAUUGUCUCACGUUUUCCUCUUAUAUCAAAUAAUGCAAUUAAAAAUAAAUCAUUUACUUCUGUUCAUUUAUGCGAAGCACCAGGUGCUUUUGUCACAUCUUUAAAUCAUUGGUUAAAAACUCAUUAUCCUCUAAUUAAAUGGAAUUGGAUUGCAACAACAUUAAAUCCAUAUUAUGAAGGAAAUUCAAUAGAACGAAUGAUAACUGACGAUAGAUUUAUUAUUCAUACAUUGGAACAUUGGAAUUUUGGUCCUUAUAAUACUGGAAAUAUUGUCGAGGAGGAAAAUCGUCAACAAAUAAUAGAUAAUUGUAAAGGAAAAAAUAAUAUUUUCCUUGUAACAGCAGAUGGUAGUGUUGAUUGUUCAAAUGAUCCUGGUGAACAAGAACAAAUUGUAACAAAACUUCAUCUUUGUGAAACAAUAACAGCUUUAAGUAUUUUAUCAAAUGGCGGUUGUUUUCUAUUGAAAAUGUUUACAAUUUUUGAACAAACAUCAGUGUCAUUAAUUUAUUUAUUAUUAUGUUGCUUUAAAUCAAUUCAUAUGUUUAAACCAGCAACAAGUAAAGAAGGAAAUUCAGAAAUUUAUGUGAUAUGUUUAAAUUUUAAUAGUAAAAUAUUUGCCAAUAAUUAUGAAAUUUUUAAUGAAAAAUUUAAUACAUUUUUCUCAUCAAAAGCAAUAUUUUGUCGUGACGAUAUUCCUGAGAAAUUUUUACAACAAAUUAUAAAUUGUGCGGAAUAUUUUAAAAAUCAUCAAUGCAAAGUAAUUCUUGAUAAUAUUGAAAGUUUUAAUAAAAAUUUUAAAAAUAUAAAUUUGGAAAUAAUAAAGAAAACAGUUGCCGAACGAUUCGUUGAUAUUUAUGAUUUGAAAAAAUUGGAUAAUGAAGAUUUGCAAAUUGUUGGAAGAACAAAAUUGGCGGCUUAUAAAAAUAUUUGCUCGAUUACAAGAAGUCCAUUGGAUUCAUAUAAUGAGAGAAAAGUAAUGAAUGAUUUGGAGCCAAAUUGUCGAUUGAAUAUUUUAUUAAAAAUAUUGCAAAACGUUGAGAUACAAGAAAGAGAAUAUCGAUUUGAACGAGAUUUUAAAUCAUUUCAUAAAUUAUGGUUCACUUUGGGAAAGCCGUAUCGUAGAAUUAAAAGUUCAAAAUUUGUGCCAACAAGAAUUUUAAAAACAUUAAAUCAAAGUUUUGAAAUUAUUGAAAUGAUGAAAAUGUGCUUUCAUUAUCCCUCGGAGGAAAAUGUGACUGAUUAUUUAAAUCGAAUGUGUUUUAAUUUUACCUCAACGAGUAUUUUAAAAUUUCAACAUACAAAUGAAGAAAAUAAUUAUUUUUUAAUUAGUGAAAUUUAUAAAGAAUUGGAAAAAUUUGUCGAAGGAAAUAAUCUUAUAUUAAUUGGAUAUAGUUUAUUUUCACAAAUGAAUGUUGGUCUAUUGAAACUUGUUGCACGUUUUUUUCGACAAUUAAUUUUUCAACCUGACAAUAAAUUGGGAUAUGUGAUAAUAUUGAGUCAUUAUAUUUCUGAAAAUAAUAAUAAUAUCUCGAGAAAUGAGAAGAAUAAUUUUAAACAACUUGUUGAUUUUGCGAAUGCAGCAAAAUUGAAAGAAACUAUUGUUUUAUCUGUGUUUUCAAUGUUGGAUUUGUACGAAACUAUUUGGAUGAGAAAGAUCGUGUAUAUUAAUUUAUGGAAUAUAAAGUCAUUUGCGAAGAAUCUCGAAGAGAAAAUAAUCCAAGGGAAUAAUUAGGAUUUAAAAUAUUUUAUAAUAUUGACAUUUAGAUAAGUAAUGUUUAUCUAGUCUGACUAAUUUUUUAUUAAGUUAAAAGUUAAUAAAAAAAAAAAUUUUUAAUGCCAGCUUAA